AUGAAAUGGUUCAGAAGAAAGAAGAAGCCAGCCAAAGAGCCGUCAGAUAAGCCAACACUUGUACGCAGCUUUACAGACAGAGCAACGAAUUCGACUUAUCCCGCAGCACCCUAUGCAACCCCGCGUGGAUCUAGCAUAACCAAGCUUCCCGAUAAACUUCUCGAACGCAUCUUCAUACUUAUAUGUCCUCAUUCUCAAGACGAAACUUAUGAGACUUGCGAACAAUCUUCCCUUGACGAUUGUUGCCCAUUAUGCGAUACAAGAGAUUUGGCACAUUGUGCGCGAGUCUCAAAUAAAUGGAGGAAUGUCGCUGUUCGGGUUUUAUAUCAUAGUGUUCGAAUCGAUGCAGUACAUUUCUGCGAACUCGAAGAGAUAUUGUCAGAAAAGAGAAAGCAUAAAGGUCGAUUUAAUCGCAAUGCCGAACCAGAGGAAACCCCUAACGUUAGGUUACAGCUUCUUUGCAGAACGAUUCGCGAUAAUAGAAUGUUGGGAGAGUUGGUGGAAUUUCUCAAAACACCAUAUAUGACAAGAGGAGCCUGUAAAGCUGAUCUUGCUCGAAGCGUCUCGGUUUGUCCCAAUAUGCGAUAUUUGGAUCUUCCCGAUGGUUUAUUUUCAGAUGAUCCUUCUUGCCAUGCGCUCAAACUCGAAAUUCAAGCGCGAUGUCCAGAUUUGCGAAAGAUGACCUAUAUGACUGGCUCUGAGGGAAGUCUUGAACAAUUGGCAACUGGUAAAAUCUGGAGACAUUUGGAGGUAUUGGAAUUCACAAGACUCAAUAUGGAUCCUACAAUUAUACGACGUGCUUUGGGGUCAUUGACUGGGCUUCGGGCUCUAAAGGUCACGGAUACAAAGACGUUCAACGAUGAGAUUUUCCAACAUAGCGAUUAUCUACCACCCUUUCCAGCGUUCACCGAAUUGGUCUUUGAAAACACACCUAAUGUCACUGCAACGGGAUUGGAAACAUAUCUAUUCCGAUCCGACACACAAGAGAAACUCAAGAAUCUCUCCUUGACAGAAACAGGUAUCCAUCCUUCAACCUUGCACAAGAUUACCGACAAUGCUCCCAGAUUGACAUUCUUGUCAAUUAUUGAAUCGGUACAAGCAUCUUUUCCAGCUCUCCAAAACAUCCCACCGCUUUCCUCAACUUCUCUAGUAACCCUACACUAUGAAAUCACUUCCUCGUCAUCCGCAAACACAUUCAAGAGCGUUGUACAAAGUCAUUACUCAUACCUCACUACCUCCUUAAUUUCCAAUCGACUCCCUGCGCUUCGAGCCCUUUACGUCCGCGAUAGCGAUUUCCCCGAAUCUCUUAUCGAUCUCGCACCUCCAGCUCCGGCAUAUGCAUCUGAUCCAGAUAAUUUCGUACCGCCUAACCCCUUCGAUCGUUCCUCUGUUGCAUCUUCUGCAACGCAUAAUAAUAAACGAUUCAGUUCCAACAAUCCCUUCGCAGCUCAAGCUAGCUUGGCCCCAAUGAUGCCAACUGGAAUGGGACUCAAACAAGAAUUGGAGGUAUACAGUAAAGGUCUAGAUGAGAUGGAAUGGAAUUUUGCAAGUCCAACCGCCAACCGCAUCCGUAUGGGUAAAGCAUGGGCUCCAGGCCAUGGCGCAAGAAGAAGUGUUAUUGUCGGGAAUGGAUUCGGUGGUUUCCUCGCUGUACCCGCAGACGAAGCUCCCAGACCCAGCAGUUCAGGUGGGGAAAAGAAGAGACAUGCCAGGAAAAAUAGCACCCAAGAUUUAUGGCGGUAA